AGUUUUUCUUUCAAUAGUUCAGUGCACUUUUGGAUAACAGCUGAUAACACACUAUUUCCCAUAUUACUCAAAUAAUUUUGUGAAAGUUUAAAGUUCCCAUCUGACCGUGCGCUUGAUCUCAACUCUUCCACACACUGCGAUACAUUUAUAUUUGUCCUCGGUAAUAGAGCAUUCCUAUAUUAGCGUCAUCUAUGGAAACAACGUGGCAGAGAGUGGAAUCCAUGCACCGCUGGAUUCUAGAAAAUGGGGAUAAGCGGACGGACCCGUGGCUUCUAGUUUACUCUCCUGUACCGAUCAUAUGUAUAUUUUUGUGCUAUCUUGGUGUUCUUUGGAUUGGACCCAAACUUAUGACACACAAGGAGCCAGUGAACCUAAAAGCAGUGCUUAUUGUGUACAACUUUUCUAUGGUUGUUUUGUCUGUUUACAUGUUCCAUGAGUUCUUGGUCACCUCUUGGCUGGCAAACUACAGUUAUCUGUGUCAACCUGUGGACUACAGUCCCAGUCCACUGGGAAUGAGGAUGGCCAGUGUAUGCUGGUGGUUCUUCUUCUCUAAAGUCAUUGAGCUUAGUGAUACAGUCUUUUUCAUCCUAAGAAAAAAGAAUAGCCAACUCACAUUUCUACAUGUGUAUCAUCAUGGUACUAUGAUCUUCAACUGGUGGGCAGGAGUUAAAUUUCUGGCAGGAGGUCAAUCAUUUUUCAUUGGGCUGCUGAACACUUUUGUUCAUAUUGUGAUGUAUUCCUACUAUGGCCUGGCUGCCCUGGGGCCUCACAUGCAGAAGUAUCUGUGGUGGAAGCGCUACCUCACCUCACUGCAGCUGGUCCAGUUUGUCUUGUUGACUCUUCACACUGGAUACAACCUCUUCACCGAGUGUGACUUCCCUGAUUCCAUGAAUGCAGUUGUGUUUGCAUACUGCAUCAGCCUCAUUAUACUUUUCAGCAACUUUUACUACCAGAGCUACAUAACCAGGAAGAGCAAGAAGUCUUAACAGCUGGUCCACAUGUUAAGGAAGACUAUUUUUCCAUCGAUGUUCACAUUAAAAUGUGCCUCAGCUAUAUUGAGUCAUAUAUCAAACCACUGACCUUAUAUCUAUUGUGGGUUAUAAAUAUAACUUGUCUAAUAGAGAUGUGGCAUUUUUUUUUUUUUUUUUUUUUUUUGUAUGUAUGUAUUUUGGGGCGGUGAAAUCUCCUGCUAUGUCAUCAAAUAAAAUAUAACUUGAAUGCAUCAGACGCUAUAAACAGCUUUGUAUUAUCACAUCUCUAUUAACAAUAGUGAAGUGUGCACUAGAUGGCACUACAGUAAGUAACGUUACGUAACUUGACUGCGUAGAUGUUCUCUUCUCGCGUGAAUUCUCGCGAUACGCGCAGAAAGUAGGCUUGUUUGAGAUAAGCAAAUUCUGCGCAGAACCGGUGAUCACCGCGAGAUGCAUGCCGGUUAGAAAUGUCUCCGAGGGGGCCGCCUUGUUCUGUCAUGCCGACGUGUGUCAAAAAGUGUCCCGACGGCGAGGCGGCCUCAUCGGAUUCUGCAGUCGAGCACAGUUGCUCUCCACCGACUGCGCUGACCAAAAGCACGAUGGGAAACGACUUGAUGAAACGACACAGCUUAAUGCUUAUUGGUGUAAACAGCCAUCUCUUUUAAAAUGUUUGAUUUUAAAACUCCAAUAGCAUGUUUUUAUGUGUAAAAAUAAUGUGCAAAUAUUCCCAAACUCUCUUGACACUGCGAUCUCUCCAUGGGUUAUGUGAUUGUUGUCAUAUUUAUAAAAAUAUAUAAAAACAUGUCUAUAAUUAUAGAAAAAAUGAGUGAUACACACAUCUUUUGAAUGGAAAUAAAUAACAAGUACUUU